CCCCCCACCCCGAGCCAGGAUCCCCCGGGACCCUCUACCCAGGUCUGGGCGCCCCUCUCCAAAGCCAGCCUUUCAACUUAGAGGCUGUGUGGUCGGGUGACCCUUCUCAAGAUGUGGAGACCUCCUCCUCAGGUUGUGGACCCUCCUACAGGGUGGGACACCCACCUACUUACCCCCCUCCAAAACCCUCUUUUCCAGGAACUCCUCCUAGGGUCUGGGCGCGCCCCCCCGCCUCCAGAGCCGGGACGCCCUCGACCUAGAGGCUAUGCUGUGGGGGAGACCCCCCCAUAUGGAGUCUGGGGGAAUCCCUUGGUGGAACUGGGAGUUCCUCCUCUCUGGACCCUAGGAUGCCACGUUAGCCCCAGGCCUGGUGUCUCUGAUUCCCAGAGAAGGCCCCUGUCUCACUCCCUGCCAGUGCCCCUUACCAGUUUUUACAGGAAGGGUUGUUCGCUGGGUUGGGGGUUCUGGUGGUGUUUGCAGGUGAGCGGGUGGGACUGCAUCCCAGGCAGGGAGAAGACUUGGGGUGGGGUCACAUCAGGCUGGGAGUCUUAGGUGUUGGGCAUGUCCCUACCUUGCUCUGAACCUCAGUCCCCCACCCUCAGGCCAUACAGCCAGUCGGGAGCAGAACAGGGCCAACAGAAAGAGUAAGUCUGUGCCCCAGCACCGUGCUAUGUGGCUGAGGAGGGUGUUGGCCUCUCUGGGCUGCCCUGGCCACCUCCUCUUGGGGAAGGCAGACCUCACCAUACCCAUCUGCAAGAUGGGCGGAAGCAGGAAGCAGCUCGAACCUGGCUCCCCACCCGCAGCCCCCUUUUUUUCCAUCAGUGCACACACUAGAUGCUUUGCCUACAGGCUUGCAAACUUGUCCCAACGGCCCCCAGGUGUGGGGACUCUUGCCUGAGCAGCUGUGGAAACCGAGGCAUAGCCGGCAAGGGGUGAAGCAGGAAGGGGCCCUGUAGUCAUUUCCCUUUCCCUGUGACUCGAGGGAAAUUGGGGCUGGUCUCACCCUACAGUCCUCCUGGUCCCACUCACUGGUAGCUUCCUUAAGAUACUGGAGGGGUGAAGCUUGUGGAGUUGCUGUGUGACCUCUAGUGAGGCCCUGCCCCUCUCUGGGCCUCUGGGGACCCAUCUGUGAAGCGGACUGAGGGCACUGGCUCAGAAUGAGCCUUCCUGGGACUACCCUGGCCGUCCAGUGGUUAAGACUCUGGGCUUCCACUGCAGGGGGCGCGGGUUCCAUCCUGGUUGGGGAACUAAGAUCCCUCGAGCUGAGUUUGGUUUGGCCAAAAGAAAAAACAAAACGAAAAACCCAAAAGAAAGAGCCUUCCCAUCCCCCCAGGGUCACUCCAUUCCCCACCUCCUCCUGGGCUUAUAGCCUCUUGUCCUCUUUCUAGGCUCUAUUUGGCCCUGGGAGAAGGUCCCGGUCCCUUAUUUCAGCCCCAGAGCCCCCUCCUCCGGGUACCCCCCCCAGGGUGAUCACUGAGUGGACAGCCUCUACCCCUCUCUUCCGGCCUGCCCUUACCCCUAUCACUGAUUGGUUGUGUCCGUUUAUGGCCGCCGGCCCGCUGGGUGUGCCUUGGCCUCAGGGGGUCCCGGUGUGGCCUGAGCCAGACUCAAAGGGGAUGGCCAAACUAGGGGGUGGGUUCAAGCAGCAGUGCGUCCCUCUGUCACCAGAGGGCGCAGGCGCUCCGCAAAUCGCGAUCAGUGAGCUCCCAACUAGGAAACCGUGUAUGUGGUUCUUCUCCGAGGAGACUGAGGUCCAGAGACGGGUUACCGCCCCAAAGGCACACCGCAGCCUUGAAUCAGGGGAUUCCGUGAGCUUCCCCGGUACUCGGCUCUGUCUGUGAGGGGAAGAGCUAGGCCUAGAGGACAAGUAGGAGUUUGCGGAGGCGGAGGAGGGAGGGCAGGUGCUGAAAGUUUGGAAAGGAACGUCGCGGCCAAAGCGCUGAGGCGCAGCCGAGUGGCAGUGUGUCAGGAGCGGGCUGAUGACUCGGGAGAGAGGCUCUGGGAGGGGUCGAGUAGGGGCUACACCGUGAUUCAUGCACAACCCUCUGAGGUCGGGAAUGAUUUUCUUCUGGCUCUACAAACGUGGAAACUCAGGUUCCAAGUGGUUGUCACUAGCCCGGGUCAGCCAGCUGAGCGGGUUUCAAAUCAGAGGAGGGGGCAGUAGGCGCCCGAGUGGAGGGAGGCCCCAUCCACUUCUUCCUCCCUCCCCCAUUGCACAGAGCGGGGGAGACUGAGGCCCGAGGUAGUUAGUCCUAGGCUUUCAGGGCCUCGAUUGGGGCCUGGCUGUUAACACACCCCUCCAGAUCGGGCUGGACGUGCAUCGAGUCACGUCUGCAAUUGGCGGCCGGUUGAUGAUUAAACCGACGGCAGUAUGAUCUUGCUGGGUGACCUCAGGCCCGAGUCCUCCAGGCCUCAGUUCUUCCUCUUGACCCCCGGAGUCUGAGAUACUUGCUCUGUCCCGCAGUGCUUCAGCCUCACACCAGGGUCCACUAGGGUAGAGGGCAGCGGGUCGCGAGCCGGGGCGUUUGUUAUUUUGCUCCACGCGUGGGCGGGGCCACGCCUUUCGCCGCGCCAUUGGUGUAUUCCUCUCCGGGGGCGGGACCUGCGUCUCGCUCCGCCCCUCCCUGCCGUAUAAAUGCGGCGCCGGCGCAGGCAGUGAGGAGAUUCUGGCUCGAUCAGCGAGUGCGCCUGCGCGCGCUUGGUGGGUUUGCGUUCUCAGGCUGCAGCGUCCGCAUCUCGCGCCUCCGGGUCGCGGGUUCGAAGCCAGGGACCGUGCGCCGCGAGUUCGUAUCCCAGCCGCGAUGCUGUUCGACAAGGUGAAGGCCUUCGUGGUGCAACUGGAUGGUGCGAACGCAGGCGCCGAGCCCGUGUUCAGCGGCGGCCAGGCGGUGGCCGGCCGGGUGCUGCUGGAGCUGGCGGGCCCGGCGCGCGUGGGUGCCCUGAAGCUGCGCGCGCGGGGUCGCGCCCACGUACACUGGACCGAGUCGCGCAGCGCGGGCUCGAGCACCGCGUACACGCAGAGCUACAGCGAGCGCGUGGAGGUUGUGAGCCACCAUGCCACACUACUCGCGCCAGACACCGGAGGGAUCACAACGCUGCCUCCUGGACGCCAUGAGUUCCCAUUCAGCUUCCAGCUGCCACCGACGCUAGUGACUUCAUUUGAAGGCAAACACGGCAGUGUCCGAUACUGCAUCAAAGCCACCCUGCACCGGCCCUGGGUCCCUGCCCGCCGGGCAAGGAAAGUGUUUACUGUUAUCGAGCCUGUGGACAUCAACACACCAGCUCUGCUGGCCCCUCAAGCGGGAGCUCGGGAGAAGAUCGCCCGAUCCUGGUACAGUAACCGUGGUCUUGUCUCUCUCUCAGCCAAGAUCGACCGCAAGGGCUACACACCAGGUGAGGUGAUCCCCGUCUUUGCCGAGAUCGACAACGGCUCCACGCGCCCAGUACUGCCACGGGCGGCCGUGGUCCAGACACAGACCUUCAUGGCGCGAGGUGCCCGCAAACAGAAACGAGCAGUGGUGGCUAGUCUCUCAGGAGAGCCUGUGGGCCCUGGGCGGCGGGCACUGUGGCAGGGCCGGGCGCUGCGGAUCCCUCCUGUGGGUCCUUCUAUUCUGCACUGCCGCGUGCUACAUGUGGACUACACCCUCAAGGUAGAGUAUCCUCGGGGGCUGGGGUGGCUGCGUCUGCUCUGUCCUCCAGGCUGGGGUUCCCCCCGCCCCCCACCAAGACCUCCUGCCAUAGAAGGAGUGUGUGGCCGAGGCUGCCUGGGCACCCUCUAUCAUGGCUCCUUCCUCCAGGUCUGCGUGGACAUCCCGGGCUCAUCCAAGCUGCUCCUGGAGCUGCCGCUGGUCAUCGGCACCAUUCCUCUGCAUCCUUUCGGCAGCCGCUCGUCCAGCGUGGGCAGCCAUGCCAGCUUCCUGCUGGACUGGGGACUGGGCGUCCUGCCAGAGCGACCUGAAGCACCUCCCGAGUACUCGGAUGUGGUGGCCAAUGAGGAGGUGGCGGCCGUGGAGCAGAGCCCCUUGCGACUACUGCAGGACCCUGACAUGGGUGCUGAAGGCCCCUUCUUUGCCUACAUCCAGGAGUUCCGCUACCGCCCGCCACCCCUGUACUCUGAGGAGGAUCCAAACCCACCCUCAGAGGCCGUGAGGCCCCGCUGCAUGACCUGCUGAGUGGCAAGUGGAAACUUCAAGGGAUGAGGUUGUACACAUGCUUCCAUCAGCGUGGACAUGAGUGAGGAGUGGCUGGGUCAAGAACAGACCAGCCUGACUGCACUGAAGUUGGGGAAACCGAGUCUCAGAAUGGGGCAGGGCCAUUCCAGCAUCACACAGAGCAGAGGAAGAGCCAGUCUGGAGUCUGACAUCUCUGGACUGGUUCUCUUAAGGUAUCAAAUGCCCACCAUAAGAUCUGAGAGACUGUUCAACCUGUCUUUGCCAGCCUGUGGUCCCCCAGAAGCCUCCAGUCUGGGAGAGACAGAGCCAGACAUAAAUACUUCCAGGCCCACAGGACCAGAGGAAGGGACCAAGAGCUGGGAGAGUCCAAAGGGGGAGCAGGAAGGCUUCCUGGAGGAAGGAGCAUUUUAGCUGAGGCUUUGGUGCAUGAAUAAGAGCUCAGAGGGCAGGCAAGCAAGGGGAAGGAAAAGUCGAAGAAGGUCAGAGCCGAGUGAUGUGUGGAGACUGCCCCCUUCAUCUUAGAACUGGGGCUCAGAGAGCAAGUGCCUCUGUCGAGGCCACACUGCAAGGUCCGGCAGGCGAGAGGGCCCAGGAAUGAGGCAUUCAGGGAAGCAGGUUAUCAGAGCUGUGUGGGGCAACAGGGCAACAAGGGCAGCGACUCCAGCCUUUGAAACCUUUGAAAGCCAGAGAUUCCUGGCCCAGGCUAGGCUUCCUGGGGGCCCCUCCACACACUCCAGGACGUGAGAGCUGUCUGGGUAUUGUAUGGCCCGAGAAACCCAGGUUCGGAGUGGGACAGACAAGACCAGCUCCAUCACUUGCAAAAUGAAGAUGUGGGGCCCCUUGUUCAAUAAUUCAGAAUUUCAAGACGGGGACAGCAGAGCAUUAAACCAGGCUGCGGGGACAGAGGUCAGCCUGGGGUGACACAGCAGGGCCAGUGUGCUUCUUCUGGGCACCCCCUGUGUCCUGGAGGGACAAAACAUAAUGGGGCAGCUGGACAAGCCCCCAAGUGCAGAGUCCCAGCCCAGGCUGAGGCAGGACCCUCGCCUGGGACUCUGCAUUUCCGUUAAGCCUUAAAUUGUUCUCUUUUGUACAACUAUUUUUUAAAAAUAAAAGCACGGAGGAAGA